AUGACGUUAGAUGAUAUAAUUGAAGCAUCAACGGAUAAGGAAACUCUUAACCGCUUAAACAAGGUGACGCUAGACAACACACCAGAAUCAGCAACAGAAAAGAGAACCCUUAACCGUUUCGAGAAAGAAUAUUUUGAAUCUUAUGACCAUUAUGAGAUCCAUCAAGAGAUGUUACAAGACUCUAUUAGAACUCUUGCAUACAAAAAUGCCAUUAUAGACAAUAAACAUUUAUUUAAGGGCAAGAUUGUCCUUGAUGUUGGCUGUGGUACCGGUAUUCUAUCCAUGUUCGCUGCAAAAUAUGGUGCCAAACAUGUCAUCGGGGUCGAUAUGUCUGAUGUGAUUGAUAAUGCUCGAGAAAUUGUCAAUUUAAACGGCUUUGGCAAUAAGAUUACUCUUCUGAAGGGUAAAUUGGAGGAUGUAGAAUUGCCCUAUGAUAAGGUUGAUAUUAUUAUCUCAGAAUGGAUGGGAUAUUUUCUUUUAUUCGAAUCAAUGCUAGAUACUGUCUUAUAUGCAAGGGACAAAUACCUUGUUGAAGGUGGGCUAAUAUUUCCAGAUAAAUGUUCAAUUCAUGUCGCAGGUAUGGAGGAUACAAAUUACAUUCAAGAAAAGACUAGGUUUUGGAAAGAUGUCUAUGGUUUCGAUUAUUCUCCUUUUAUUCCUUUGAUUAUGAAAGAUCCAAUUGUUGAUACCGUUGAGAGAGAUGUAGUUAAUACAACAAGCGAUAGAUUAAUUGAGUUGGAUUUACAUACUGUCCAGAUAAGUGAUCUUUCGUUCAUUGCUCAUUUCAAGGUUGAAGCUAAAAGGAAUGACAGGAUCGAUGCCAUUGUUUCGUGGUUUGAUAUUGAGUUCCCAUGUAUCAAAGGUAAUAUCCCAGUAGCAUUUUCGACGGGUCCGAAUUCUACUUACACACAUUGGAAACAGACUAUUUUCUAUCUCAAAAAUACUUUAGAAUGUGAAUCCGGGGAUUCUUUAGAGGGAACAUUAUCAUGUUCACCUAAUAAGCGAAACAAUAGAUUCUUAGAUAUCAAAAUCAGAUACAAUUUCGAGGCUAAAGGCGGGAUUGCAAAUGUGAGAUCCACCAAAAACGAAAAUAUGUACCUCAUGUCCUAG